AUCAUCAGCUGUUUGGGGAGCAAAACAAAACAGAAAAGUUUAUGUUUUUAUUUAUUGAUCUCUAGUCAUGAAGGCGGGUAUUAGGCGAACCUCGGCCAGCGUAAUUCUUGUGGCCCCAAAUGAAGGAACAAGCAAAGACUAUAAAUUGCUGAUGCUGAAACGCAGUGACACCACGGCAGUAGUGCUCAAUCAAACCGUAUUCCCCGGUGGCCUCUUGGAUGAGGCCGAUGAGAGCGUGGCCUGGCUGCAGUACUUUGAGGAGUUCGGUGUCCCCCAAAAGGAACUGCGUCGACUGGUACUCAUUAGCAAUGAUCGACCUGCUAUUCUGGCUCCACAGGGCACCGGUUGUUACGAUCGUUUCUUUAAAAACACAAUAAUUUGGUCGAGAGAGAUUACGUUGCGCCUGAAUGCUAUACGGGAAUGCUUUGAAGAGGUGGGUGUCUUGCUGUGCCGAAGUCAUGAGGAUCUUAAGGACUUUGGUCCGGUGGCCUCCCUUCAGAAUGUGCCCAAUCUAAAAAGCUGGCAACAACGAGUGCACAACAAACCCAGUGAGUUUCUGACCCUGUGUCGGGAGCUAAAGGUUGUGCCCGAUCUGUGGGGUCUGCAUGAGUGGUCUGCUUGGACCAGUCCUGGAUUUAUGCGAAAAGGCUAUGAAACCGUCUUCUUCAUGGCUUUUGUGAAUUCGCAACCUAACUUACUGGCGGAGCCCUCUGAAGUUAAAGAGACACUGUGGUCAACCCCGAUUGAGUUUCUACGAAUGACUAAACUUGGAGAAAUUUGGCUUCUUCCUCCUCAAAUUUAUGAGUUAUCCCGACUAAUGGGAGUAAAAACAUAUACUAGUCUUUUGGAUUUUGCUGUAAAACGCAGUGCGCUAGGCACAACUAUGUUUGUCCCAGUGACUUACGAAUGCGAGGGACGGAUGGUGUUUGUGCUGCCAGGUGACGACUUUUAUGUGCCAGAACCGCAUUUAGUUCGAGAGAUUAUCAGUUUUCCUGGAACUUUGGAGGAGUUUAAGAGCCGUUCGAAACAAAUACAUCGCUAUACUAGUGAAGGAUCCGUUUUUAAUGUGGAACUUAAUUUUACUCCACCGAACAAUCACUUGAAACCGCUAAAAUUCCUUCAGGAGAGGCAAAAGUUGUAAUCACAUUCCCGGGCUGACUGGAUGACCAUUAAGGGCAGUGGUGACCCCAGCUGCUAAGCUCUGAUAAGAUGCUUAACGUGACCCCUGAAAUAGAGCCAUCACAAAUUGUUGUUUUGAAAUUAUUUUAAGCGGCUUUACCCGGCCAGCAAAUGAUCAAAAAGAUGUCUCCAAAAAUGGCGUUAAUUAUAA